AUGACGACAUCGACGGUGCAGUCCAGCUAACAUCAGCCCCUCGGAGCCUUCAGUCCGUUUACUGGGUCAUUUCUUACCUUAGAGGACGGUGAAUCAGCAGUCCUGUAUACUAAACAGGAGAACGAGCUUUCCAUCAUGAACUGCGACAUAGAUGGAGACAUGGAGAACCAGGUGGAGAUGGAGGAGAAGACGAGGUUAAUAAACCAAGUUUUGGAGCUUCAGCACACACUUGAAGACCUGUCAGCACGAGUCGACGCAGUCAAGGAGGAAAACCUGAAGUUGAAGUCUGAGAACCAGGUCCUCGGUCAGUACAUCGAGAACCUCAUGUCGGCCUCCAGCGUCUUCCAGACCACCGACACUAAGAGCAAACGGAAGUGAGCUGUGAGCCGAUAUAAAACCUGAGGUCUGGAGAGGAAACCCAAGACAUGGAGAGGGGUUUGUUUUCUCAACGGACCUGACUGUCUCCUGUAAACUCUCUUACCUGAGUCCAAACUAACUAAAUCAUUCAAAACAUUAACUGACUUUAUCGCCUGUCCAGUGGCUCAGAAAUUGAUAAAUAUCAUGUUUGUGUGGCCCAGGUCUUUUUGGCAGACAAGUUAGUUUCAGUGUUUAAAGAUCAUUUGUACCAUGAGUUUCUUCUUUGUCUGUAAAAUAAUUCUUAGCUUUGUUUCGCCUGCUUGGUUUUCAGUUUGAGGACAACUCUGACAUUUCUGUGUUUUUUUCCCCAACGUUCUCACAGUGUUCUCGUCCUAGCUGAUCUGUGAGUGGGCUUAAACAAACCAUUAAUAUUACAAAUAACUGUUGGACCACCAACCUCACCUUCAACACUGAUUUAUUUAAUUUAUUAUUGUACAGUAUUUUCUACGUCAGCUGGAACUGAGUUUGUAGUAGCUCUCAGAUGUCAUGGUGUCUGUGUAAAGCAUGACCGUAUUCCUCCAAUUAAAAGCUGAGAAACUGGACAGUGUUACUGAUGAUGAAAAAAAACCUUAUCUGGCAUGUGUGAGUCAUACAACUCUGAAAUGGUUUUAACGAUUUAGCAUAUCUAAUGAAAUUGCAUUAAAAUAAUAGUCAUUGAAAUGAACUUGUUAACAAAUAGUAUGUGGAUACAACUGUACAUACACGGAGAGCUCUGCAUCAGUGAAAGUAAAAGCACAGUGAAACUAACGGUUUUGUUAGAAAGCACUCCUUAAAGCUGUAAAGCUUGACUAACAUCAGUGAUGAUUGAGUUUGAAAUCACCAAGACCUGGUGUUAAUAUCCGUCCUCAGAGAUCUGAUCAGAAGUAGACAGCUUCAAAUAUGUGUUUCACACCUGAAAUUAAAAUGCGUCCCGAAUGUGUCUCACUUCCCUGCUCUAUACACAAAUAAGCAUUCACGUCAUUUGUGCUCGAAAUAAUGUUGUUUUAACCCAGUCUGAGUUUACAGCUGUGUUGUAUGAGAGACACUGAGUUAGGAGCGACUGAGUGAUGGUCAUGGUGUUGGAAUAAUUGUAAAAAUGAGUUCCCAACUGGGAAAUUUCAUGUUAAUUCCACCUCAAGGCAACCUGGAGAGGCCCUGAAUAAUCUUGGUAUACAAGUUGUGUACUUCAUCAUAAACUAAAGAACAUAAUUGUACAAUCAGCUAUAAGUAGUAGCUUUUAAUGUGAACUACCUGUCCAUCCCUUACACUACACUUUAAGUCAAUACAGACAUUCUUAUGAUUUAAUGUUCAGAUUUUUUAAAGUAUCUAAAUAUGCCUGUCUCACCUGAUCCUUCCUUUGCUGUGUUGUUAUGAAAAUAUUUUAAGGUGUCACUGUGUUGUUUAAAUGCGCUUAACACAUAAAUUAAACACAUUUAGUUGUCAGUGUUUUUCUACAUUCUGACAUGGAAACUUACAACGGAACAACUCAUAAAAUGGGAACCUCUGAUGAGCAUGUGAAUGCAGUGACUCAAUUAACUGUGUGCAGCUCUGCUAUGGAAUCAUAUUUCUAAAAUAAAAUAAAUCAAUGUGGUCAAGGUUUGAGCACUGAAGAAUAAAAGUACUGACAGUUCAUAAUAAAACUGUAGCAGGUCAGAGGUAGGCGAUACUUCAUUUGUGGUCCAGGAUGCAUUUGUGCAGACACUAUAUAAUGUGGUCACAACUCUGAAUGUGAUCAGAUCUAAGGACAGGGUAAAAGCUGACCACUUGUGACUGGAUCACUGAGGAUGGAUAUUAACACCAGGUCUGAACAGGGUCCAUGACACAAGACUUUCUGUCUGAGCUUCAAAGUAUCUGCAACCCUUUAAAAUGAUCAAGUCAUACAUUCAUACGUGACUUUAAUGCAAAAUUUAUGGAGUCAGUGAUUAGGUCACAAAGACAAACUCUGUAUGUUAGUUUGUGUCCUUCUGCUGAUUUAGUUACAAGGAGGAGGAGAUUAGAGGCAAAACGAAAAAACCAACCAGAUACUUCCUCCAUUAAUAUGAAGAACAAAAGCAGUAAAGAGGCCUUGAGUGCUUAUUGAUCCACUAAGUCAGGUCUGGAAAACAUCUCCUGCUAGAGGAUGGGUCUGACCGUAAAAUGUGAUAAUGUCCUGACUGUACAGCAGAGGAGGGUGUGUCCUUUGCUGCCUCAGUUAGAAACAUAAAGGGAUAAAUGGUCGUCAGAGAUAAAAAAAAAAACAAGCUUAUAAUUCCCUUUAAACUUAAGUAUCCAGUAGAAUAACAUCUAGAAAUCAGUGAUGUGUUUGUUAACAUCCAGGGACUGAAGUGCUGUUGGAAAGUGAUGUUACAGGAGGCUUCAAACAAUGUAUAUGCUGUAAUCUAUUAAGGUUAUUUACGUUUUUUUAACAGUUGUACAGUCAGUAGUUCAUUCAUUUGUCUGAUGUGCUGAAUAUGUCCUAGCUGCACACACCCUGGUACCAUCUUGUCUUGUGUGUAGACACCCUGCACCUUAGCAUUAUAAAUAUUUGUUUCUGUUUUAAUAAAAACCUAAGAUCA